CUUCUUCCCCCGAGUUCUCUCUCAACAGAGCUGCACACACUCUAGAAUCUCCACAGUUGGAUCACACCGCUUCACUCUUCUCUACCUAACACUCGUCUCUCUCUCUCUCUCUCUCACUACGCUCGUCCGCUUCAACAAUGGCGACUCUUAUGCAGAAAAUCAAGGACAUCGAAGAUGAGAUGGCCAGGACUCAAAAGAACAAGGCUACGGCCCAUCACUUGGGUUUGCUGAAGGCUAAACUUGCAAAGUUAAGGAGAGACCUACUUGAGCCCUCGACAAAAGGUGGUGGUGGUGCUGGUGAAGGUUUUGACGUCACUAAAAGUGGAGAUGCAAGAGUUGGUCUGGUGGGUUUCCCUUCAGUCGGGAAGUCUACUCUGCUCAAUAAAUUGACGGGGACUUUUUCAGAGGUUGCAUCAUAUGAAUUUACUACCUUAACUUGCAUUCCAGGUGUGAUUGUCUAUCGAGGUGCAAAAAUUCAGCUGUUGGAUCUCCCUGGAAUUAUUGAGGGUGCCAAGGAUGGAAAGGGUCGAGGAAGACAGGUUAUCAGCACUGCUCGAACAUGCAAUUGCAUAAUAAUUGUUCUAGAUGCAAUAAAGCCAAUAACUCACAAACGUCUAAUUGAGAAAGAGCUUGAGGGAUUUGGUAUAAGGUUAAACAAGGAGCCGCCUAACCUGACCUUCAGGAAGAAAGAGAAGGGUGGAAUCAAUUUCACCUCAACGGUUACCAACACACAUUUGGAUCUUGAAACUGUGAAGGCAAUUUGUAGUGAAUAUAGAAUUCACAAUGCUGAUAUCACUCUUAGGUUUGAUGCAACUGCUGAUGACCUCAUAGAUGUUAUUGAAGGCAGUAGGGUAUACAUGCCUUGCAUCUAUGCUGUGAACAAGAUUGAUCAAAUUACUCUGGAAGAACUUGAGAUUUUGGAUAAACUUCCUCACUACAGUCCCGUCAGUGCUCACCUAGAGUGGAACCUUGACGGUUUGCUGGAGAAGAUAUGGGAGUAUCUCAAUUUAACUCGCAUAUACACGAAACCUAAAGGAAUGAAUCCAGAUUAUGAAGACCCUGUGAUCCUAUCAUCUAAGACAAGGACAGUUGAGGAUUUUUGUGAGCGAAUUCAUAAAGAUUUCAUUAAACAAUUCAAGUAUGCUCUGGUUUGGGGGUCUAGCGCGAAGCACAAGCCCCAAAGAGUUGGAAAGGAGCAUCUGCUUGAAGAUGAGGAUGUCGUUCAGAUUAUCAAAAAGGUGUGAUUUGGAAGGAAGUCAGAAAAAUAUGUGCAACUUAAGCAUCAGUACAUGGUUUGUGGGGCUACAGCUUAUGAGAUUCAUCGCUUGUACUUUGCAGUUUUUGCAUCACUUUUUGUCUGUUCUAUUAGUGGUAAGGGUAGGCAAAGUUUAAGGAGGAUUGAUAACCGAAAUCUUGGUACCUUACUGCAGCUUUAUGUGAUCAAGCUGUUCUUGGUAUUAUGUUCUACGUGGAUACUAAUGAAUAUCGUCUAUGAGAUUGUAAGACAGCAUGUAUGAAAUGCAUCAAAGAUUAG